AUGGCACCGGAACAUGGCAAAGACACGGAGACAUUUUACCUCCUCCAACAAGAAAUCAGGGAUGAGAGGAAAUUGCCAGACACAGAUUGGACUGUUCGGAUAUUGUGGUUCAAGAACUACAAAAUUCCGUGGGGUGAGAUGGCCAGAACGCGCAUUGGAAGGAAGCUCCUGGUAGAAUGGGGCCUGCAGCACCCGGCCUUCGAAGUGUUUAGCGAAAUGUUUCCUGAAGACGAUUUGACGGUAUCUGAUCCGUCCAGCCCUUUGCCCUAA